UCCCUAUACGGCGCCUCUAUUUUUUCUCUGAAAGAAAGGAAAAAACAAGAAUGGGUUCAUUGAGUGGUGGAAAUGGAAGUAUAUGGGGAAUGGGAUUUUUCAAUUCUGAAUUUGGAAGAAGAAAAAGAAGUGGAAAAAAGGAAGGUAAAAACAGUAGUAGUAAUAAUAAUGCAUCAAAAUCCUCACAAGUGGAUGCAACUGGUGGAACAGGUUAUAGGUUUCCUUUAAAGCAAGCUAUAACUGCUAGUUCUCUUGCACUUACUGGUGACACUAUAGCUCAGCUUCGUGACCGUUGGAUCAAGAACAAAGAUACUCUUCCUAAUCCACCUCAUCCCAAGGAUAUGAUUGGUGCUCUCCUAUCUGAACAUGACUGGCUUAGGUCCAUCCGGAUGGCUUCGUAUGGAUUUUUGUUAUAUGGUCCUGGUACUUUCGCAUGGUACUCAUAUCUUGACAGAUGUAUGCCCAAGCAAAGUGUGGAGAAUGUAUUGAUGAAGGUUGUAUUAAACCAAAUUGUUCUAGGUCCUGCUGUAAUAGCUGUUAUCUUUGCAUGGAAUAAUUUAUGGCUGGGGAAACUUUCAGAUCUUCCAAACAAGUAUCAGAAAGAUGCCCUUCCAACUCUAUUAUUCGGAUUUAGGUUCUGGAUCCCUGUCAGUGUAUUGAACUUUUGGGCGGUUCCUCUUCAAGCUCGUGUUGCUUUCAUGUCUAUGGCUUCUAUAUUCUGGAAUUUCUGGCUGUCAGCAACUAUGAGCAAGUAACUGUCGCCCAAGGGAUUGGCAGGAGAGAGCAGGAUCGCACAAUUGAUAUAACUAGUCUGGCAAGACAGAAAAUGAUGUCUGGAGGCAGUGGUUGAGACCUUUCUGAUUUUCCAAAGGUGGCUCGCACUAGCGUUCAACAGUGUCUCAACUGGACCUCGUUCCCACAUAUGAUAUGUUAAGAGAAUUUGUUUCGCCAUUGCUAUAAGUUCUCCAGGAAUAGAGUUUUCUUUUGUUUACGACUCUAGUGCUAUCAUGAAAGGCAUUUGAUUGGCUUGUUUGACCAAUUAAUUCGUUAAUUUUCUUUCUCUGUC